AUGUCAGAAAUAGAUUCGUUGCAGUCUGAGUGGCUGCUGCAGCUCUCUCGGAUGAAGCAAUCGAUCGCUGACCUCAAGCUCGAGGACCGCCGCCAGAGCUUUGGCACAACUAUUGAAACUGACAUUGACCUAGAGUUUGACGAUGAAGAAUACUCAUCAGGCGCUGUCGAUGAUAUCUGGGAUGUCAUCAGCUCCGAUGAAGAGAGCGACGGUUUCGAUGACAUAAAUGGAGUAGCACUCGCUACCGACUAUGGUUAUACCUGGCUGGAUUCCAAAGCACAGGAACUGGCUGCAAAAAAGUCUGGCUUACAUUAUGGGGAGCUCCUACAACAGAUCAUGGCUCUGCUGGCUUCAGACAGUGGCGACGACGAGUUGCAGAUGUCCUUGGCUGAAAUUAUUGGGUUUGAUGACCUUGAUUUCGUGAUUGAUAUCAUCGCCCAUCGAGGCGAUAUCCUCUCUUCUCAGGCACCAAAGACAACUGCACAGACUGACGGGCUAAUAGCCGGGACUUUGCAAACACGCGCACAGCGUGAAGAAGCCCUCCGCCAGCAGGACUACGAACACAAACAUGCCACACUGGCAGCAGCACAAAGUCGUGAAGAACCAAAGUAUCCGCAUGUGUACAAAUUGCAUGACUCUCGAAACACGCUGUCUCUGGGAGGCAAGAAAUAUGGACUUCCGCUGGGGAGUACACAGGUUGAACAACCGAAAUAUACCGAGAUAAGUGUUCCUGCUUCCCGCGGCGUGUCUCCCGUGGGACCGAACCAGAAACUUGUACAAAUCGCAUCUUUGGAUGGGCUGUGCAGAGGGACGUUCAAAGGCUACAAGUCUUUGAACCGCAUGCAGAGUUUGUUAUAUGAAGUGGCCUACAAAACUAGCGAAAAUAUGCUUAUUUGCGCCCCAACCGGUGCGGGUAAAACUGAUGCAGCUAUGUUGACCAUCCUCAACGCCAUUGCAAAGAACGUGACACCGAACCCUCUGGAGGUACCGGAUGCAACUGAGUUUACGGUGCAAGUUGACGAUUUCAAGAUAGUUUAUGUUGCGCCGAUGAAAGCAUUGGCAGCUGAGGUUACGGAAAAAUUGGGCAAGCGACUAGCUUGGCUUGGAAUUCAAGUUCGUGAAUUAACAGGGGACAUGCAGUUGACAAAGCGUGAGAUUGUGGAGACUCAAAUCAUAGUGACAACUCCAGAGAAAUGGGAUGUCGUUACACGGAAAAGCACGGGAGAUACCGAACUUGUUCAGAAAGUACGACUUCUCAUCAUUGAUGAAGUGCACAUGCUCCAUGAUGAGCGUGGCGCGGUUAUUGAGUCUCUUGUUGCGCGAACUGAACGUCAAGUCGAAAGCACACAGUCUCUAAUUCGAAUUAUUGGCCUCUCUGCGACUUUGCCAAACUACAUUGAUGUUGCAGAUUUUCUAAAAGUGAAUCGACUAGCUGGUCUGUUCUUCUUCGACCAAUCUUUUCGUCCAGUGCCGUUAGAACAACAUUUCGUCGGCGUCAAAGGGAAACCUGGCAGCAAACAAUCUCGCGAAAACCUUGACGCUGUUGCCUUUGAAAAAGUACGAGAUAUGUUGGAAGAGGGUCAUCAAGUCAUGGUCUUUGUUCACUCUCGCAAAGAUACAGUCCUGACAGCUCGCACAUUCAAGCAAAUGGCCGCUGAGCAACAGUGUGAGGAUCUUUUCAUGGCAGGGCAAGAUUCUGAAGGGUAUAGCCAGGCAGUCAAGGAUCUAAAAAAUGCUCGCGCACGUGAGCUGCGUGACCUCUUUGCUGCUGGAUUUGGAACCCAUCAUGCCGGUCUUACGAGAUCAGACCGUAACUUGAUGGAGCGAAUGUUUGCUGAAGGGCAUAUAAAAGUUCUCUGUUGUACUGCAACUUUGGCCUGGGGUGUCAAUCUGCCUGCUGCAGCUGUUGUCAUCAAAGGCACCCAACUAUACAGUGCGCAAGAAGGUAAAUUUAUAGAUCUCGGAAUUCUCGAUGUUCUACAGAUUUUUGGUCGUGCUGGUCGACCGCAGUUUCAGGAUACUGGUAUCGGUUUUAUUUGCACGACUCAUGACAAGCUGCAUCAUUAUCUCUCUGCAGUGACAUCACAACAACCAAUUGAAUCUCGCUUCUCUGGUAAAUUAGUUGACAAUCUCAAUGCCGAAAUCUCCCUCGGGACCGUCACUACGGUUGCCGAAGCUGUGCAAUGGCUUGGCUAUUCCUAUCUUUUUGUGCGAAUGAAACGCCAGCCGCGGAAUUAUGGUAUUGAAUGGGCAGAGAUUCGCGAUGAUCCAAUGCUUGUACAGAGACGCCGAGAAUUGAUAGUCAACGCUGCCCGAGUAUUGCAGAAAAGCCAGAUGAUUAUAUUCAACGAGCGAACGGAAGAACUUCGUGCUAAGGAUGUUGGUCGCAUAGCAAGCCAGUUCUAUGUCUUGCAAACUAGUAUUGAAAUAUUCAAUGAACUCAUGCGUCCCAGAGCUAGCGAGGCCGAUGUUCUGAAAAUGAUAAGUAUGAGUGGAGAGUUCGACAAUAUUCAAGCUCGCGAAAAUGAAUCGAAGGAGCUUGAUCGGUUACGUGACGAAGCCUUGCAGACGGAGGUGGAAGGAGAGAACGACUCAUCUCAUGCAAAAACGAACAUCCUUCUUCAAUCUUAUAUUUCUCGUGCUAAACUGGAAGACUUUGCCCUGGUUUCCGACUUGGCAUACGUGGCCCAGCAAUCAGCGCGUAUUUGCCGUGCUCUAUUUAUGGUUGCCCUAAAUCGUCGCUGGGGAUAUCAAUGUCAGGUUUUGUUAUCGAUGUGCAAGUCCAUCGAGAAACAGAUAUGGCCUUUUCAGCAUCCGUUCCACCAAUUUGACCUGCCAUUGCCAAUUCUCAAGAAUUUAGACCAAAAGCUACCCAGUUCCUCGAUCGAGUCAAUGCGGGAUAUGGAACCAGCUGAGAUAGGCCAGCUUGUGCAUAAUCAUCGCAUGGGAAAUACACUCACUAAGCUACUGGACAACUUUCCGACUCUCAGCGUUGAUGCUGAAAUCGCUCCUUUGAACCGCGACGUUCUUCGUAUUCGCCUCUUGCUUUAUCCAGAAUUCACUUGGAAUGACAGACACCAUGGAACGUCAGAAGGAUACUGGAUUUGGGUUGAAAAUUCAGAUACCUCGGAGAUCUACCACCAUGAAUAUUUUAUACUGAGUCGGAAGAAACUUCACGACGACCACGAACUUAACUUCACUAUCCCACUGUCUGAUCCUUUGCCCGCUCAGAUCUAUGUCCGCGCGGUGUCUGACCGAUGGCUUGGCGCAGAGACAGUUACCCCGGUCUCGUUUCAACAUCUCAUUCGACCAGAUACGGAGAGCGUAUAUACUGAUCUCCUGGAUCUUCAGCCCCUACCGAUAUCCGCAUUGAAGAAUCCUAUCCUGGAGGAGAUCUAUGCACAGCGGUUUCAAUUCUUCAAUCCCAUGCAGACACAGCUCUUCCACACUCUAUAUCAUACAUCAGCAAAUAUCUUGCUGGGAUCGCCCACUGGAAGUGGAAAGACUGUUGCCUGUGAGCUGGCGAUGUGGUGGGCAUUCCGUGAGCGACCUGGAUCUAAAGUGGUCUAUAUUGCGCCAAUGAAAGCCCUGGUGCGUGAGAGAGUGCAGGACUGGCGAAAACGACUUACAAAUGCCAUGGGGUUGAAGUUGGUUGAGUUAACUGGAGACAACACGCCGGACACUCGCACCAUCAGAGAUGCGGAUAUUAUCAUUACAACCCCAGAGAAAUGGGAUGGUAUUUCACGUAGUUGGCAGACUAGAGGAUACGUCCGCCAGGUUAGUUUGGUCAUUAUCGAUGAGAUCCAUCUGCUCGGCGGUGAUCGUGGUCCUAUUUUGGAGAUUAUUGUGUCUCGUAUGAACUAUAUCGCGUCGCAAUCGAAAGGCUCAGUCAGGUUGAUGGGCAUGUCAACUGCGUGCGCCAAUGCUUCUGAUUUGGCCAAUUGGCUGGGUGUUAAAGAAGGACUAUAUAACUUUCGACAUUCAGUUCGUCCCGUGCCAUUGGAGAUCUAUAUUGAUGGGUUCCCCGAACAACGUGGAUUUUGCCCUUUAAUGCAGUCUAUGAAUCGGCCAACUUUUCUGGCUAUCAAGAACCACUCACCUGAGAAGCCCGUCAUUGUUUUCGUUGCGUCUCGGAGACAGACGAGAUUGACUGCAAAGGAUCUCAUUAAUUACUGUGGAAUGGAAGAUAAUCCAAGGCGGUUUGUCCGGAUGUCUGAAGACGACCUUGAACUCAAUCUUGCUCGUGUCAAGGACGAUGCCUUGCGGGAAGCCCUCAGCUUUGGAAUCGGACUGCAUCACGCAGGUCUUGUUGAGUCUGACAGGCAAUUGGCUGAGGAGCUCUUUGCAAAUAACAAGAUUCAGAUACUUGUAGCUACGAGCACUCUAGCAUGGGGUGUGAACUUGCCCGCACAUCUUGUGGUUGUGAAAGGAACGCAAUAUUUUGAUGCCAAAAUUGAAGGCUACAGAGACAUGGAUUUGACUGAUGUGCUGCAAAUGCUCGGACGUGCUGGACGGCCGCAGUUUGAUAAUUCGGGUAUUGCUCGAAUCUUUACGCAAGAUGCUAAGAAGGCAUUCUACAAGCACUUCUUACACACGGGGUUCCCGGUGGAAUCAACCCUUCACAAAGUACUGGACAAUCAUUUGGGCGCCGAGGUCUCCGCGGGGACAAUAGCUACAAAGCAAGAUGCAUUGGACUACCUCACGUGGACAUUCUUUUUCCGUCGUCUACAUAAGAAUCCUUCUUACUACGGGCUGGAAAUUUCCGCCGAAGAACACAACACCAUUGCCGCACAACAAAUUGCAUCGGAGUUCAUGAUUGACCUUGUCGAAAAGUCUCUAAGUGAACUCGCCGAGUCUUCAUGUGUAUUAUUGGAUUCAGCAACCGGGGAAAUUGAUUCGACACCCUUCGGUAAAAUCAUGAGCUAUUACUAUCUUUCCCACAAGACCAUCCGCUACCUGAUGAGUCAUGCGAAUCGCCAGCCAUCAUUCAAGGAUGUGCUUGCUUGGAUGUGCUCUGCCACGGAAUUCGACGAAUUGCCCGUCCGCCACAAUGAAGAUCUCAUCAAUGCCGAACUUGCGCGUAACCUGCCACUGUCUGACCUGCCCGAGGCGAUGGCAGAGUUACCAAUGUGGGACCCUCAUAUCAAAGCAUUCUUGCUACUUCAAGCAUACAUGUCUCGGAUCGAUCUGCCCAUUUCGGAUUACGUUGGUGACCAGACUUCUGUGCUUGACCAGGGCAUUCGUAUUAUCCAGGCUAGUAUUGAUGUGUUGGCCGAAUUGGGGUAUUUUCCCGCAUGCCGUAUGAUGAUUACUCUUUUGCAAUGCAUCAAAUCAGCCCGAUGGCCAGAAGACCACCCCUUGUCAAUUCUACCUGGCAUUGAGCCGGGCACGAUGGCAACGGCGAUGGAAAGAACCACGAAAGCCGACUCCAAGAAGAAGGCUCGCUCUCUACCAGAUUCACUAACUGCACUUACGUCCAUGCGUGCAUCUACACUUAUCCAGACACUGAACGACACACUGCCCACCUCACUAUAUAGGGCCUCGAGCCCCCAACAAGUGGACAAGAUCAUUUCCUCGGCACUCCCGCGCCUGUCCAUAUCCGUAUCCGAUCUCUCCGCUAAAGGAAUGACAGUAACCCUCACGCGACAGAACCCACCACUAACGCCAGACUUCAAAAUCCAUGCACCAAAGUUCCCUAAACCGCAAACCGAGGGAUAUUUCCUCAUUGUAACGUCGGCAACGACGGACAAAACGAGUGAACUCAUUGCAUUGAAACGUGUGUCGUGGUUCAACAAUCAGAAACAAAACCAGAGCCCGAACAGCAAUAUGCAAGACUCUCGAUCGACCAAAAAGAAGACCCAUAAUAAUAUCACAGCAAAGGCUGCCGUAAAAUUUCCAGAUGAAUUUGUGAUGUCUUCCCUUGGACAAAUGACCACAGCGACCACUACGAAAAAGGUUGAUGUUCUGAUUGUGAGUGAUGCAUAUAUAGGGAUGGAGUGGAAGGUGACUGGUAUUGAACUGCCAGUUUUGGCCGUGGAGGGAUCGAAUUCGAAUGGAGAGGGGUCGUCGAAAACCAUGGAUAUUGAUGCAAGGGUUGAAAAGAAGUAG